AUGAUAGGGAAUCCAAAGACAUCUAUCAAUAUCGCUAAUGGUCUUACAGGGCGGUUCUUCCAGCUGCAAAACCAAAUCGUGACCGCCUCGUGUUAUCGCGGCGUUUCUUGUACACCAUCCCUCCGAACCCUGCUGCACCCACAGCAGCAAAAACUCCGAUUACAAUCCCAGCCUUCUGUCCACCACUCGNCUCCGAUUACAAUCCCAGCCUUCUGUCCACCACUCAGUCCUUUCGAAGAGUCCUUGGGCUUUGGCGGCUGUAGUGGUGGUGGUGGUGGUCCAUUCGUAGUGGGAGGAGCCCGAUCGGGCACAGAUGGCGGUGGUGCGGGUGGGGAUAUCGCCGCAGGUGGUGGUGGAGAAUUAGGUCCGGGUGCGGGUCCCGAACCAGGAGCUGGAGCGGAUCCGGAAGCGGGUGCAGGUGCGGGUCCGGAAGCGGGAGCGGGUGCGGAUGCGGGUGCACCUUUAGGAGGACCUGCAUGGACGACUGCGAAGUUCCCAAAGAUAUUAUGA